CCUAUUGGUUUCGAAUUACUUGCAUGAUAAACCUUUACUCUUUGAUUUCCGAUUGAGAAAUCCAAGGAAUGGCGAAGAAAGCUGUAUCCAGAAGAGAGUUACUGGAUCGAUGGAGAGGCAUUCAGGAUGACGAAGAUGAAACCGACGAUACUGAUCCCUCCCAACGGACCCGUCUUCACAAGCAGAAAGAAGAAUGGUUCGCGGAUGCAUUCAGUUUCUUGAUCAGUUUGCCCAAGGAAACCCAUAUCUGGUGUGGCUCUUGGGAUAUAAUGGGGCCUCUCUUGGAGACUUUCUACAACUAUUUCAAGGACGAACGCAAUGAUUCUCCUCUUAGGGUUCUUUGGAAGAGAAUCUCUGAGGAAAUGCGCCGUUGCAUACAGUGUGUUUCUCAGCACCACCAGGCGCAAGAGAUGUAUAGUAUGGAGUAUGAGCUGAGCUCCAUUGCUCCCCUUCUUGAUGUAUUGCGAAGUCUUGACGAGGAGAGGAUGACUCAGCAAUUGAGAGAGAUAAACGAGAAAUUAGCUCGACAGCAGUAUGAUCCUCUGCAUGAUAAUGCUGAGGUUGUUUGUGUCAUGUAUGAGGUUUUGAUGUAUCCUGUCCUAUUAGAUGAUCAGUUGUUGUUCACCGAAUUUGAAAGAUUUAUUGAAGCAGUUGAUAAUGUCCAUGAAUUGGCUUUAGAUGGGUAUCAACAGUUUCCGGGAGUUUACGCUUUGUUUUUCCUCAAUAGAAGAGUGCGUACUGUUGGCCAUCGCUUAGCAAGAUCUAUGGGCAAAUUGAGGAAAGCAUCAGACUUGGAACCUCUGCAGCCUUUGCUUAAAAAAUUUAUUAGUUUUUUGGAGAAUGAGGUGUUGCCCUCAACUUUUAAGACUUCAAGGCCAAGGGCGCAGCUGGAUCGGUUACCUAUAUGGCUCGGAAUUACAUCAUUGCUUGAGUUCUUGGAACCUCCAGCAUUUGAAGAAGGAAUACUUGAGCACUAUCCCAUUUUUUUUGAUAUUGUGCUGAAUCACAUCAGUGGUGAUUCAUCUGAAUUUUCCCAUGCAGUUAGUUGCUUGAGAGAACUGUUCAAAAUGCUUGGUUGUAAGCUUUGGUUAAGGUCUACAUUAUCUCCAAGUGUGAUGCGCAAUACACUUCUGGGUCAGUGUUUUCACACUAGGAAUGAGAAGAUACAUAAAGAUAUUUUUGAUCUUUUCCAACCAUUUCUGCAGUCACUUGAAGCUUUGCAAGAUGGGGAACAUGAAAGGCAACGUAGGCAUUUCCUCUAUUUCCUCCUCCAUCAAGUUCCUGUGAGCAGUAACUUCAGCAUUUUGACAAGAAAAAAUGCGUGCAAGAUUGCUCUUCUUAUUAUACACCGUGGCUACAAGAUGAAUCCACCGUGUCCUCCUUUUGAAUGUGCACAUAUGUGGGGCCCAUCUCUUGUCUCUUCUUUGAAGGAUUCUUCACUCCAUCAUUCCCUGCGGCAACCUGCCUUUGAUCUCAUACAGACCAUUUUGGUGUCAGAUGCUGCUGCAUUAAUCACUUCAAUGUUUGAUUGCAAUGCUGCUGCCAUUGUUUGUAAAGGUAGUACUGUCAAGAUAAAUGAUGAGGAAGAGGAUAAUGAGCUUCCAUUUGUUCAAGAUGUUGAGGAGAAAGAUAUUAGUUCUUGGAGUGAAUUCAGUGCUCAGAGUAAAAUUUCUUCUCAAGAGUAUAGGGAUUGGAUGUGUAUACCCAUGUUAUGGCUUGAUGUUCUGGUUGAUAUUGAUCCCUCAGUGUUUCCAAUAGCAUUCUCCAAGGCUGUGUUUUGGGCUCGAUCUCAUUUCUCUAUGGUAGAACCCGAGAAUAAUGCAGAAAUGGCACUUGAUGCUAGAACGUGGAUUUCAACAUUUGCUACAGAAAUCUCCACUUCACUUGUAUGGAAGGUUCCAACUGGUUCUGAUGAUGGAGGUGGGAAGGAGUCAAAAAACUCAGUCAGAAUAUCAAUAAUGUGCCUUCCUAUGUUGAGAACAUUCAUCAGGUUAACUGCACAUUUUAUAGUUCAAAUUGGCCAAGGAGAACUUUGGAAGCAAUGGACUUGGGAGCCGACUAUGGGAGAAAGCUUGGUCCUUUCACUUCUAGACCCUAGUGAUAAUGUGAGGCAGUUUGGCAAGUGUAUCUUGGAGCAAGUUUCAAGUACACGGGGUCUUGAUAGCAGUUUGAAGUUUCUUUGCUCCAAUCGUUCUUCUUUGUCUGCUGUUUUUUUGGGUUUGAGGCAGGCUUUGAAACUGGUACAAUUGGAGUCUGUCCAACUGAAGUUUCAGGCACUGCAUCAUUUUUUCUUUGUUUUGCACAAGUUACUUAAAGAAGAGAAUGUGCCUAGUUCGGGUUUGCCAGAAAACUCAAUUGAUCCUUUGAAUGUCACAAAGCUCUCCUUCCAGGGUGGAUUUCUGAGGCAGCCAGCCUUUGAUACUUUGCCUAUAGUUAUCACUGAAUAUCCAUCCAAUGCAGACUCUGAUCUGCGGGGAAAAUUCUGUUCUAACUUAUCAGAAAUUGCGUGGCCAUCUAUAUGCAAGUGCUUGGUUGAAGGGAAGGAAUUUAUUAAUAACAGUCUUUGUCAGAUAACUUGUGUCCGUGUGCUUGAGAUCCUCCCUGUUGUUUUCGGAAGACUUGCCCCAUCUUUAGUUAUAAAGUCUCGAGAUUCUGGAACAGUUUUGGACUUGAAGUGGCUUCAUGAUCUGAUGGACUGGGGAAAAUCACAACUUAAGGUUGUUGUUGUUCAUUGGAAAAGAGCUGUAAUCUCCUUGCUGAGUGUUUUUGAAGUGUCAUGGAGUAAGAUUUCUCCACUGAUUGUCAGCACUAUUAAAAAUAUUCUUUCUUGUGAUAGCAUUGACAUGGAUGAAUUGAUGGAGCAAAUAUCUCGCCUUUGUAUCUCAUUGUCUAAAGAGUUUUCUUUGAAUUCUGUUAAGACCACCUCAAAUUCAAAGGCAUUGUCUACUGGAUCAUUUUUUUUCAAGGAAAAAUACCCUGCUUUAGAUAUAAGACCUUCCCCUAUAGAAACAGAAGAUGCGAAAAUUUUGGACUCCUUAAAAAUUGCUAAGAGAAAGAAUGAAUCUCACUUGGUUGUUCUUUCUGAUAAUGAGAAGGAGAAAGAGAUGGAAACUGGUAAGUCAAGUGAUCUGAUGUUGGAUAAGAAAACAGGUGUGUGUUCCGCUGAUGAUAUUGCCUCACUACCAACAGCUGUUACAGAGAAAAGUACUUGUGGCACUGACACUAAAAAGAAUUCAUCAAGUGCCAUCCACAAAGAUGCUGCAAUUAGUUCUGCUCUUGCUUCUCAGAUGGACUUUGAAAAAUCUAGUGCCAAACCAGCCAGUUUUCUAAAAGCAAAAGAUAUGCAAGGUGAGAGAAAAGAAUCAAAGUCCAAAAGUAAUGUCAUUGAUAAAUGUUCAUCUCAGAACAAGGUUGAUAUGAAGAACAAUCUUGAAUCGUUUAAUUCAAAAAUGAAAAUGGCUUCAAACAAUUUAAAACCUAGAGCAAGUGAUAUGAUUUUGAAAAAGUUAGUACAUGAUGAGGAUGGACUGGAGUCUGCGUUUAAAACCUCCAAACCUCAGCAGUCAUCUCUUGCAAAGUCAGGUCCUUUUGUUCCUAAACGACAAGUUAUACAACUUAAAUCACCCUUUGAACACCAAUCUGGUAAUAUACAAAGGCUGGAGCCACGAGUUAAAAGGUUCAAGCCUCCAAUACUUGAUGAAUGGUAUAGGCCCAUAUUGGAAAUGGAUUUCUUUGUGACAGUGGGACUGACAUCUUCAAGUGAAGAUGGGAAUCACCCUAUUAGCAAUUUGAAGGAGGUUCCCAUUUCCUUCCACUCACCCGAACAAUAUGUGAAUAUUUUUCGGCCAUUGGUUUUGGAGGAGUUUAAAGCACAAUUACAGAGUUCCUUUCUGGAGAUGUCUUCAUUGGAGGAGAUGUAUUGUGGUAGUAUCUCUGUGCUUGCGGUUGAGAGAAUUGAUGAGUUUCAUCUUAUCCGCUUUCUCUAUGAUGACAAUAAUUCUACAGCAUCUAAAAGCAUUUUGGAAAAUGAUCUUGUUUUGCUCACAAAAGAGCCUUUGCAAAGUGAUUCCUGUGAUGUUCAUGCGAUUGGAAAGGUUGAGAGGCGUGAAAGAGACAACAAAAGAAGGUCAAGCAUACUACUGAUUAGGUUCUAUUUUCAAAAUGGUUCCUCACGUUUCAACCAAGUAAGGAAGCAGCUUAUUGAACGUAGUAAAUGGCAUGCAAGUCGAAUUAUGAACAUUACAUCUCAGCUCCGAGAAUUUCAGGCGUUAACUUCAGUAAAGGAAAUUCCCAUGCUGCCUGUUAUUUUAAACCCUGUUAGUGGUUCUAGAGAUUAUGAUAGAUCUGGAGAAGUAAAUUUGAGUAGGCUGUCCCAGCCCUUACAGCAAAUACUGAAGUCAUCCUUCAAUGACAGUCAGCUUCAAGCUAUAAGUAUUGCAGUGGGAUCAAGCAGUUUUAGGAAAGAUUUUGAAUUGUCUCUUAUUCAGGGCCCACCAGGGACCGGGAAGACCCGAACUGUAGUAGCCAUGGUCAGUAGUUUGCUCGCUUCCUUUCAAAGGAGAACAAAUGAAUCAGAGAAUUCUUUGUGCGGUGAUAUGAAACAAAGUCAUAGAUUUUCUUCCAAUUCAAGGUCACAGUUAAGCCAGUCUGCUGCAAUUGCAAGAGCGUGGCAGGAUGCAGCCUUUGCUAGGCAAAUACAUCAGGAUGAUGAAAUGAAUACAAAAUCAACAGAAGGUUCUGCAAGAGGAAGAGUGCUGAUUUGUGCUCAGUCAAAUGCUGCAGUUGAUGAAUUGGUAUCAAGAAUAUCUAGUGAAGGCCUUUAUGGAAGAGAUGGGAAGAUGUACAAGCCAUAUCUUGUUAGGGUUGGAAAUGCAAAAACAGUUCAUCCGAACUCGCUGCCCUUCUUUAUUGAUACACUUGUUGAUCAUCGCUUGGCAGAAGACCAAACACAGAAGAAUGAUGCAAGAAAUGGUUUGGCAGUUGACUCUAUGGCACUGCGUGUCAAUUUGGAGAAGCUAGUUGACAAUAUCAGGUUCUAUGAGACCAAGCGUGCUAACAUAAGGGAUGGAAAUGUGGAUAUGAGGAAGAAAAUGGAAGAUGGGACUGAUAAGGGGAAUGAUGUAAAGGAUGUGCCUGAUGAAGAAAUAGAGGCAAAAUUAAAAAAGUUAUAUGAGCAAAAGAAACAAAUUUAUAGAGACCUUAGUGCUGCUCAGGCACAAGAGAAGAAAGCUAAUGAAGAAAACAAGGCUUUAAAACACAAACUGCGGAAGUCUAUUUUGAGGGAAGCUGAAAUAGUGUUAACCACAUUAAGUGGCUGUGGUGGAGAUCUCUAUCGAGUUUGUGCAGAAUCUAUGUCCGGUUCCAAAUAUAGCAAUUCAUCAGAGCAUACUCUUUUUGAUGCUGUUGUUAUUGAUGAAGCAGCUCAAGCUCUGGAACCUGCUACUUUGAUUCCACUUCAACUUUUAAAGUCAAGAGGGACAAAAUGUAUCAUGGUUGGUGAUCCAAAGCAGCUUCCUGCAACAGUUCUCUCAAAUAUUGCUAGCAAAUUUCUAUAUGAAUGCAGCAUGUUUGAGCGUUUACAAAGAGCCGGUCAUCCUGUUGUUAUGCUUACCAAGCAGUAUAGAAUGCAUCCAGAGAUAUGCCGUUUCCCUUCUUUGCACUUCUAUGACAAUAAGUUGCUAAAUGGGGAUAACAUGUCAAGCAAAUCAGCAGCAUUUCAUGGUACUGAGUGUUUUGGGCCCUAUGUUUUUUACGACGUUGUUGAUGGUCAGGAGCUUCGUGGUGAGAAUUCUGGCACAUUGUCCCUUUAUAAUGAAUGUGAGGUUGAUGCUGCAGUUGAGGUGCUAAAGUUUUUCAAGAAGAGGUAUCCAUCGGAGUUUGUUGGAGGAAGAAUUGGCAUUGUAACUCCAUACAAGCGUCAACUCUCACUUUUGCGUUCUCGUUUUUCUAGUGUUUUUGGUUCUUCAGUUAUUGCUGAUAUGGAGUUCAAUACCGUGGAUGGUUUUCAAGGCAGAGAGGUUGAUAUAUUAAUACUUUCCACUGUUAGAGCAGGAGGUCCAUGUACCUCAACGGGCAUAAACUCAAGCAGUAGUAUUGGAUUUGUGGCUGAUAUAAGGCGGAUGAAUGUUGCACUGACAAGAGCCAGGAUGUCUCUCUGGAUUCUUGGCAAUGCAAGGACUUUACAGACAAAUGAUAACUGGGCUGCUCUUCUGAAGGAUGCUAAAAAAAGAAAUGUGGUUAUAUCAAUUAAAAGACCUUACAUAUCUGUGUUCAAAACAGCUUCUGGGAAGAAUACAGUGCAACGAGAUACUGAUGACCAACCAACGCAAAUGAAGCAUGGUCAGAGGGUUGGAGGUACCAGUCAGCUUGUGAAACAAGCUGAGGUAGACUUCAAAAGGAGCAGAAAAUACAUUGCCGGUGUGGGUCAGAGCAACAGCAUCAUUGCUGGAGAUGAUAAUGCCUUGAUGAAAACAGAAGAUGUUCAAAGUAGCAAGAGGAGAGCCAGAGAUGCAUGUGAUCCUAAAAAGAAGAAUGAUCUUCCAUCUGCAUCUGCAAAUGAUGAGAACAGAAGAUCCCAUAACAAAAGGUCCACAAUUUCAGUGAAAAAUGUUACAGACGGUGAACGGAUAGGCAGGGAGGGCAAGAAAAUGGAAAUCAAGUUAGAGAAUUGCAAUAUGAAUAAAAGGAAAGGUGUAGUUGAAAAUUUGAGUGGUAAUGAGCACACUCAAAUAGAUGUUGGUGAUGGUGGCAAGUCCAAAGGACCUAAGAAAUCAUCUGGUCGUGAAAAAAACCAGGAGAGUGAGCCUGUUUCAAUUCCCAGAAGUGAUGGGCGCAAAAAGGAGAGAGAAGGAAAAGACGGUGGUAGACCUUCAAGUCAAGUAGGCAGUUCCAACGAUUUAGCUGCAAAAAGAAAACAACGGGAAGCUGUUGAUGCCAUUCUUUUCUCAGCUUUAAUCCCCUCAAAGAAGUCUGCACCAUCAAAAAAAUCUGCUAAGCAAAAAAGGCCUCCUUCUCCAAGCUCAGUUGUAACCGGUGGCAUCAAACCAUCCAAGACAAGAAAAGUUCCAAAGUAAGUGUGUUGUGAGAUGCCUCAGCCUGGAAAUGGCUGAACACAUAAUUCUGAACUCCCCCGACAUGGGAUGAAUGAAAAGUCUCUGGUUGUUUUUGUAUGAGAUUUAAGUGGAGCUCUAGUAACAUGCUAGUGGGAUUUCCUGUUGAUAGAGAAUGCAGUAAAAUUGGCUACUUAGCCUCUUCUUCCUAGGACCAGAGCAUUGGCGGUGACAGAGUUACAUGAUUGAGAUGUGAAUCUCUCAGAACUGGUUUUGAUUGUUGCAAAACUAGAAAGUUUUCACGGCAGUUGGUUCCCAUAUCAUAUAUUGGGAAGGAAUUUUGGUUAUGCUAGGGUGGAUUACCUUGCCAACUGCUCACCAUGUAUAUAUUUGACCAUAUGGGGCUAAUGUAAGUUUUUGUAAGUUCAGUUGUAGUUUCAAUUCGUAAAAUCUCUUCCCAGUUCCAUUUUUCAUGUACGUAUCCUCUAAGGGGAGACGAGGAGACGAUUCC